AUGCAUUCGUCAUCACGCGAUGAAUUUUUUUUACUCGUCAACGAGGUCUUGUCGUUGAAUUUGGCGUUGUCCAAACCUGGGAAUCCCCGGGACGGUUGUGCGGUCAUGUCGAGGAAACAAAAGAUUUUAGUUUGCGGCGACGUCGAGGGAAAUUUCAAAACACUUUUUUCCCGGGUCAACGCCAUAAAUAAAAAAAAUGGACCGUUCGAUUUUCUUUUUUGCGUCGGUGAUUUUUUUUCCGAGUCUUCAAACGAAUUGGAACCUUACAAAAAAGGUUCUCUCACCGUGUCCGUGCCCACGUACAUACUCGGACCUAAUUCGGUAACGACGAAUCAAAAUGUGUUUUACGAUAGUUUCGAAUUAUCGGGUACCGAGAUAUGUCCGAAUGUGAAUUAUCUCGGAAAAUAUGGGAUUUUUUCCAGUUCGGGUCUUAGGAUCGCUUACAUGAGCGGAAUCGAACAUUGUGACCAACAUAACAAAUUUACAUUUACGGAAAGCGAUGCGAAAGCGCUUCGAGAAUCGGCCUUGCGUAAUAAAGCCGGUUUAGAAUUUUCCGGAGUUGACAUAUUGCUGACUUCGGAAUGGCCCAAAGACGUUGAAAAACUAGAUAAAAAUUUUAAAUAUGAGGAUCAAAGUGAAAUAAAAGGAUCCGCGAUAUUGUCCGAAUUGGCGUACCAUCUCAAACCCAGGUAUCAUUUUUGCGGGUUGAAAAAUAUCUACUACGAAAGACCGCCGUACAGAAAUGAUUCGGAUAAUUUGGAGUUGAAUUCUCAUUCGACGCGGUUCAUAGCUUUGGCAAAGGUUGGAAAUUCCGAUAAGAAGAAGUGGUUGUACGCAGCUAACGUGUCGCCUCUCGUGGAUUUGAAAAAAAGCGAUUUAUGGCAGAGCACCACCGACGAAACGCCGUGUCCCUACACGGACAUUGUAAAAAAAAAAAACAAGAACAAAACCACACAGUAUUUUUACGAUAUGGAUUCCGGCGGAUACGAUGAUGGACCCAGGAAACGUAGAAAAAAUAACGGUCACUCGAAUGCGGAUAAAAGGAAAACGUUUGACGAUCCCGAAACUUGUUGGUUUUGUUUGGCAAGUAAUUCCGUCGAAAAACAUUUGGUCAUUAGCAUUGCGGAUGAAGUGUAUUUGGCAUUGGCCAAAGGAGGUUUGACGCCUUUACACUGUCUCAUCGUUCCCGUUAAACAUCAACGGUCUUUGGCAGAACUAUCGAAAUCCGCGAUGAUGGAAUUGAAAAAGUACAAAACGGCCGUGAGGAAAUUUUUCGAAACGAAAAAUCAAGUCCCGGUCAUAUUCGAAAGAAAUUACAAGACUAGUCAUUUACAAUUGCAAAUAGUACCCGUUCCGAAUUCAUUGACUCGCGACCUGAAAGAAAUUUUUUUAAAUUUUUCCCAAGAUUCGGGUAUAAAACUAUCGGAGUUGCCGAGAAAAGCCAAAUUGAAAGAUUUCACGCAACCUGGUGCGCCGUAUUUCUACGUGGAAUUACCCACGAAAGAAAAAUUAAUUUGCACGUGCGAGAAAAAUUUUCCAAUACAAUUCGGGAGAGAAGUUUUAGCAUCUCGCGCCGUUCUAAAUCUGUCGGAUAAAAUCAAUUGGAGGGAUUGUAUUAAAAGCAAAGAAGAAGAAAAUGAAAUGGCAACGAAUUUUCGAAAACAAUUUGAAAGUUUCGAUGAGUUUGCAUAA